AUGGGUCAACGUCUAACGAAACCGAGCCUUCUUUGUGAAAGCGAAGAAGACGAUGUACCUCCAACUGCUACAGUUCAAUCUCUGUCUCUACUGUUACCACCAAUUUCCGACCUCUUUGGUCCAAUUAUUGUAGUCGGUGGUCUGAACCCGUCUGGAUGCGUCGCUUGUAAAAUAGACUUUCAAGAUUUUCAUCCCUCAAUACAAAUGUUCUGCCAAGUUUCUCAGGUACAGAACAAUGUCUGUCCAAUGGAGCUUCAUAUAAAGGGAGGUUAUCCAACAACAAACUACGAUACCGAGUUUUCCGCAAGCAAGGAUGGAACGGCAAACAAACGGAUUACGGUCACACAUCCGGGUAUGAAGUGCCAAGUAGCGGUCACACUGAGAAAAAGUCCAUUGGUAAAGAUGCUAGCAAACGACUGCUGGGAAGUGAUUAUCGUGCAAGUAUUCAAAUCCAAUAGUGAAGUCCGCAGCUACGGAGAUCGCAAGAGUCCCGAGUCAGCUAACUUCACACAGAAUCAAUACUUCAAAGUUGGUGAUUGCCCGCCGUACAGUUAUCCUGCGUCCAUUCUCGACAUCUGUAAUGAAGAAAACGUCUGCUCUAUAAGAGAUCCUGCUUACUGCACCACUGCACGUCAACCGCUAUCGUGCAAGGCAAUAGAGGCGUUAAAUGGGGGCAAAAUGAUAUUUGGGAAAUUGAGUGGCAAAGACAUGCCUCAAAGUUCGGCACGUCUAGCUUAUAAUCCUAAAACGGAGACAGACAACAACGUGUGUGACUUUUUCAAGACGUACAAGGACAUCCUUACAGCCAAGACGUACUAUCUCAACAAGAUCGAGAAAUACUCAACAAUUAUCACCUAUUUGGCUAUUUACAAUACGGCUACUUCAGAGAUAUACACACCAAUGGCUGUCGAGUGGAACUUUAGAUACAAUUUGUGUAGAACAGAGGGAACUGACAAUUUUACGUUCUCUACGUGUGGAACAACAAGCAAUCAACCGCAUCCUACACCGUGGAUACUCAACGUUCAAAAUCCGUCUCAUCCUUUCCCUCUCAUCGACCGUCACCUCUUGGAGUUGCCCACUGGCCAUUGCAGCAACUCUAAAGAUUGCAAACGCUAUGCAACAUUUAAUAACAGCAUUUCCACGUACUUCAAACUGUUGCAUUCUCAGUCAUCUAUCACAGAAACAAGAGUAUGA